ACGGACUUUUUGCUCCUUUCUUCUUCUUCUUCUUGCUCCUUCUGCUGCUGCCUGCAAUUUCAAAAAAAAAGGAAAAAGUUUCCGCCAUUGCUGCGCUCCCCUAAACACUCGAGCUUCCUCGUGUCGAGCACUCGGCCUGCAGUCUCUCAGCUCAAUGCGCCCGCAUCCGAAACCCCACGGAGCUCUCUCCUGAAGACGACCCCCGAGAAGAUAGAGCGCGGGGGAACCGAGAGGCGUUGGAGCGCCGCGAGAUUCGAGCUCGCAAUUUCCGCCAGUUCGUGGAAGCGCCGAGCUCGGUGGUUCGGAACUUAGGGUUUCUGAUAUUCGUGUCCGCUGUUGAUCGAUUGGGGAGCUCCAUUUUGGUUUUCUGCGAAUUUUCUUCGCGGACAUUCUUGCCCUAGGGUUUUUCGGGAUUUCCGGGAGUUUGUAUUUGCCUUGGCGCUCUGGGACAUGUGGCUGUCCUAAUAUUUCGUCUGGAAACAGAAGUAGUAGCAGUGGCUGGGUGUUUCGAUGGGGUUCUGGUGCGUAUGAAGAUGGUUUACUCGUCUGCUGUUGUUAAUUUGGGCAUUUGUUGGGCCGUGCUUGGUGCAUGAUCCUAUUCUUUAAGAAAUGCAACCGCAGCAGAGCUUCAGAAUCGAUCUGGGUGACUUGAAAGCUCAAAUUGUGAAGAGGAUUGGAGUGGACAGAUCAAAACGCUACUUUUAUUAUCUGAACCAGUUCUUGAGCCAAAAGCUCAGUAAGGGUGAUUUCGACAAGCUAUGCUGUCGAGUGCUCGGAAGGGAGAAUCUCCCGUUGCACAAUCAGUUCAUACGAUCGAUAUUGAAGAAUGCAUGCCAAGCCAAAACACCACCACCAGUUUACGAAGCAGAUCCUGCAAAAUCUGUCUCACGAACCACCAAACUUUCGCCUAGCGUAGAAGACGGUUCUGACCAAAAUGGGUCACUUAUUCAAAAUCAAAACCAGAGUUCCUCUAUUUGGUCAAAUGGAGUUCCUCAAGUCCCUCUCCGAAAGGCCAGGUCUGGAAUUCGUGAAAGGAAGCUCAAGGAUAGGUCGAGUCCGCUGGGACCAAAUGGAAAGGGGGAAAGCUUGUAUCAUUCAACUGCCACAGAAGAUAGCGGUAGCAAGAUUAUGACUGAGAAUGGGCUUUUGUCUCCAUGUGAUUACCGAAGAUCAUUGCAGAAUUAUCAAUCCGUUCCUGGGCUGCUUGAGAAGGAUAGAGGUCUUAUUCAGGAACCCGCAGAUAAAUCUAGAGUGCACAGUAAAAAUGAGGCUGCUAUGGCCAUAGUGGAAGAUGGGGAGGAGGUGGACCAGGCAACCCUCUCUAGUUUAUCUAGAAUUUCUUUGCUUGCACCGCUUGGAGUUCCUUUUUGCUCUGCUAGUGUAGGUGGUGGCCGCAAAGCUAUGUCAGUGGGGAACUCUGAUGAUUUCGUUAGUUAUCAUGACACUGGAGAAUUGUCUGACACGGAAUCCCUGAGGAGACGUAUAGAGCAUAUAGCGGCUGCACAAGGCAUUGGAGGAGUGUCGGUUGAGUGUGCUAAUAUAUUAAAUGUGAUGUUGGAUAUCUACUUGAAGCGGCUGAUUAAGUCUUGUAUCCAGCUAAUCGGAGCAAGGUCCACGUCUGAGCCCCAUAGUCAUCUCAUCCAGAAGCAUCAGAUUCAAGAAAAGAUCCUUAAUGGCACGUGGCCUGCUAGUAAUCACUUGCAUAUGCGAAAUAAUGUCAUUGGAGGGAUGCCCGAGAAGAAAUUCCCAAUUUCCAUAUCUAUGGUUGAUUUUAAGCUUGCAAUGGAGCUAAAUCCACAGCAACUGGGAGACGACUGGCCAUUGCUGCUUGAAAAGAUUUCUUUGAGUUCAUUUGAGAAAUAAAUGUGAUGGAUAUGCCUUGAUCAUGCCAAAUGUGUGUCCAUUCUGGUUCAAAAGUUCCAGAAAGAUGUCAUUGGCAAUCGGCAUUUGAUUGCCAUCUUGUCUUGAUACCAUGAGGAGUACGGUGGAUAAUGCAGAAAACCAGUUGAAAUACAUGGUCUCAGCGCGGUGUGCAUUCUUCAGCUUGCACUGCAUGGGGCACAAUUUGGAGUACUAGCAACCACACAUUGGGAACUUGCAAUCAUAACCCAUUAUUGGUUGAUCUAUUACAGAUAUGCAAGUUCAAAAUCUUUGUAAUCCUCUUCCAUCGACAUGCGACUCGAACUUUUCCUAUUAUUUAUGGCUGAUGAGGAUGAUUUCAAAGAUGUUUUGCGAGAUAACUGGAUGUAACUUAAUUUAAGGUAUAAUCACUUCUGUAAGAGCUGCGGUACUCCAUUGUAUGUAACUUUAGAACCUCAUGAUUGUUUGAAAUCCAAUAUUAAUAACACAUUGAUUUCCAUUUACUUCUCCAUAGUUCUGUAUUUGGGUAUCUUAGGUAAAUGAAUUUUUGAGGAUUUAUGCUUGGA